UUGAUCGUAUCUUAGCUGAGCGCAGACACGCGUCAUACUUUGCUCGAAUUUGUACAUAAUCUCAGUAAUUAUCUGGCAACGUUUGGUUUGUUUAUAUUUUUCUCUUCGCACAUGUAAGUUUUUGGAAGUCGAGUUGAGUAGCGUUGUUGUUAUUUUGCAUGAUGGAAGGUGUUGCGUUUCCCUCUGUGACUUGCAAAGCUCCAGUAAAUAUUGCAGUUAUUAAGUACUGGGGUAAAAGAGAUACGGAACUUGUUCUUCCCCUCAACUCUUCUAUUAGUUUCACUCUUCGAACUGACCACCUUUGUGCCACAACUACAGCUGCAGCAUCGCCAACAUUCAAGGAAGAUCAACUAUGGUUAAAUGGAGAAAAAAUAGGGAAAACUAGACUACAUGCCUGCUUGAAGGAAAUUCGCCGCAGAGCUCGGAAGAGGAAGAGUGACAAUGACAAAGAUGACAAUGUGUCAGAGAUGUUAAACUGGAAUGUACAUAUCUGCUCCAAGAACAACUUCCCAACAGCUGCUGGUUUGGCAUCAUCAGCAGCAGGUUAUGCCUGUCUUGCCUACUCUCUUGCGAAACUGUUCAAGAUUGAAGGAAAUAUUUCAGAUAUAGCUCGGCUAGGAUCUGGUAGUGCAAGUCGGAGCGUGUUUGGUGGCGCAGUUGUGUGGGAUAUGGGGUCUGAUAGCAAUGGGUCAGACUCUAUUGCAAGGCAAAUAUAUCCACACACACAUUGGCCUGAGUUGAGGGUAGUCAUCCUUGUGGUCAGCGAUCAACAGAAGAGCAUCAGCAGUUUCUCAGGCAUGCAGUGCAGUGUUGAGACUAGUGAGCUACUGCAAUAUCGGAUCAAACAGUGCGUUCCUGCAAGAUUGGAUGCAUUGAUCAAAGCAAUUGGGGAAAAGGACUUUGAAACAUUUGCAAUCAACACAAUGAAAGAAAACAAUCAGUUUCAUGCUGUGUGCUUGGAUACGUACCCUCCCAUCUCAUACUUAAAUGACACAUCACAUGCGAUCCAGCAACUAGCCCACAGUUUUAAUGAACACUUUAAAUGUGCAAAGGUUGCAUACACGUUUGAUGCUGGUCCCAACGCCACAUUGUACAUGCUUGAGGAUACUGUUGACCUGUUUAUCAAUGUUGUACAACACUACUUCCCACCAGAGGUGAAUAUGAAUGAGGGGCCGUUUGUAAAAGGUUUACCUGUAAAUGAUAUUGAUAGUAUUGAUGAGUGCCUACUCGAGUUCCACUCUGUGCCUAGGAAGCCAGGUGCCAUUAAAUACAUCAUCAGUACGUCCAUAGGAUCUGGACCAGAGGUUGUCACGGAUCCCAACGAAUCACUGCUGGGAGAAGAUGGAUUCCCUAAAGAUUUAAAAUGCUCCUCUUAGCAAUUUCAUGUAUUUGUAGUUAAUAUGUU